AUGUGUGGCAACGUGAAUGUCACACGUGGCAAGCACAAACGGUUGGGCAUGAGCUUCUCGUCAAUCCACGGGUACGGCAUGUAUGCCUGUGAGCCCAUCGCGGCCAACGACUUCGUGUACGAGUACACCGGCGCAAUGCUAUCGCAGGACGAGGCCGAGCGGCGAGGUCUCAUUUAUGACAAGAUGGAGAUGAGCUACUUGUUCGACUUGAACGAGGACGCGGUGCUGGACGCGCUUCGCAGCGGAAACAAGAGCAAGUUCAUCAACCACGACGGAGAGACACCGAACUGCACUGCGAAGGUGGUGAGUGUGUGUGGUGUGCACCACAUCAGUAUAUGGGCGCUGCGCGACAUCGCCGUCAGCGAGGAGUUGGUUUUCGACUACGGCUACAAGCGAAGCGUCGGUCCAGGUUGGAGUCAGCGUCGGGCAGCGUCGAAGGAUACCAGCUAA